AUGGGUGUCACCAGGGACUUGCUGUGGUUAUUCCUCUUAAAUGCAGCAUUCCUGGAUGCCAUCUCACCUAAUCUACACAAAAAAAAUUCUUCCCGAGAAGAUGCCACCAUCCGCCUGGUGAACGGCAGCAACCGCUGCGAGGGUCGUGUUGAGAUUUCACACUCCGGGGGUCGGGGCACCGUCUGUGACGACAGCUGGGACCUGAGCGAUGCCCAGGUGGUGUGCAGGCAGCUGGGAUGUGGCUUUGCUGUUUCUGCAACAUCGAGCGCCUCCUUUGGACAAGGCAGUGGCAGCAUCUACCUGGACGAUGUGAACUGUGCUGGGUGGGAGUCGUCCCUCUUCCAGUGCAGCCACCGUGGCUGGGGCGUCCACAACUGCAACCAUGGUGAAGAUGCUGGUGUUGUGUGCUCAGGUGCCCUAAGUACAACCACACCCAGCACCACCAGCUCUGCUCCUUCAGAUGCCACCAUCCGCCUGGUGAACGGCAGCAACCGCUGCGAGGGUCGCGUUGAGAUUUCACACUCCGGGGGUCGGGGCACCGUCUGUGACGACAGCUGGGACCUGAGCGAUGCCCAGGUGGUGUGCAGGCAGCUGGGAUGUGGCUUUGCUGUUUCUGCAACAUCGAGCGCCUCCUUUGGACAAGGCAGUGGCAGCAUCUACCUGGACGAUGUGAACUGUGCUGGGUGGGAGUCGUCCCUCUUCCAGUGCAGCCACCGUGGCUGGGGCGUCCACAACUGCAACCAUGGUGAAGAUGCUGGUGUUGUGUGCUCAGGUGCCCUAAGUACAACCACACCCAGCACCACCAGCUCUGCUCCUUCAGAUGCCACCAUCCGCCUGGUGAACGGCAGCAACCGCUGCGAGGGUCGCGUUGAGAUUUCACACUCCGGGGGUCGGGGCACCGUCUGUGACGACAGCUGGGACCUGAGCGAUGCCCAGGUGGUGUGCAGGCAGCUGGGAUGUGGCUUUGCUGUUUCUGCAACAUCGAGCGCCUCCUUUGGACAAGGCAGUGGCAGCAUCUACCUGGACGAUGUGAACUGUGCAGGGUCGGAGUCGUCCCUCUUCCAGUGCAGCCACCGUGGCUGGGGCGUCCACAACUGCAACCAUGGUGAAGAUGCUGGUGUUGUGUGCUCAGGUGCCCUAAGUACAACCACACCCAGCACCACCAGCUCUGCUCCUUCAGAUGCCACCAUCCGCCUGGUGAACGGCAGCAACCGCUGCGAGGGUCGCGUUGAGAUUUCACACUCCGGGGGUCGGGGCACCGUCUGUGACGACAGCUGGGACCUGAGCGAUGCCCAGGUGGUGUGCAGGCAGCUGGGAUGUGGCUUUGCUGUUUCUGCAACAUCGAGCGCCUCCUUUGGACAAGGCAGUGGCAGCAUCUACCUGGACGAUGUGAACUGUGCAGGGUCGGAGUCGUCCCUCUUCCAGUGCAGCCACCGUGGCUGGGGCGUCCACAACUGCAACCAUGGUGAAGAUGCUGGUGUUGUGUGCUCAGGUGCCCUAAGUACAACCACACCCAGCACCACCAGCUCUGCUCCUUCAGAUGCCACCAUCCGCCUGGUGAACGGCAGCAACCGCUGCGAGGGUCGCGUUGAGAUUUCACACUCCGGGGGUCGGGGCACCGUCUGUGACGACAGCUGGGACCUGAGCGAUGCCCAGGUGGUGUGCAGGCAGCUGGGAUGUGGCUUUGCUGUUUCUGCAACAUCGAGCGCCUCCUUUGGACAAGGCAGUGGCAGCAUCUACCUGGACGAUGUGAACUGUGCAGGGUCGGAGUCGUCCCUCUUCCAGUGCAGCCACCGUGGCUGGGGCGUCCACAACUGCAACCAUGGUGAAGAUGCUGGUGUUGUGUGCUCAGGUGCCCUAAGUACAACCACACCCAGCACCACCAGCUCUGCUCCUUCAGAUGCCACCAUCCGCCUGGUGAACGGCAGCAACCGCUGCGAGGGUCGCGUUGAGAUUUCACACUCCGGGGGUCGGGGCACCGUCUGUGACGACAGCUGGGACCUGAGCGAUGCCCAGGUGGUGUGCAGGCAGCUGGGAUGUGGCUUUGCUGUUUCUGCAACAUCGAGCGCCUCCUUUGGACAAGGCAGUGGCAGCAUCUACCUGGACGAUGUGAACUGUGCUGGGUGGGAGUCGUCCCUCUUCCAGUGCAGCCACCGUGGCUGGGGCGUCCACAACUGCAACCAUGGUGAAGAUGCUGGUGUUGUGUGCUCAGGUGCCCUAAGUACAACCACACCCAGCACCACCAGCUCUGCUCCUUCAGAUGCCACCAUCCGCCUGGUGAACGGCAGCAACCGCUGCGAGGGUCGCGUUGAGAUUUCACACUCCGGGGGUCGGGGCACCGUCUGUGACGACAGCUGGGACCUGAGCGAUGCCCAGGUGGUGUGCAGGCAGCUGGGAUGUGGCUUUGCUGUUUCUGCAACAUCGAGCGCCUCCUUUGGACAAGGCAGUGGCAGCAUCUACCUGGACGAUGUGAACUGUGCAGGGUCGGAGUCGUCCCUCUUCCAGUGCAGCCACCGUGGCUGGGGCGUCCACAACUGCAACCAUGGUGAAGAUGCUGGUGUUGUGUGCUCAGGUGCCCUAAGUACAACCACACCCAGCACCACCAGCUCUGCUCCUUCAGAUGCCACCAUCCGCCUGGUGAACGGCAGCAACCGCUGCGAGGGUCGCGUUGAGAUUUCACACUCCGGGGGUCGGGGCACCGUCUGUGACGACAGCUGGGACCUGAGCGAUGCCCAGGUGGUGUGCAGGCAGCUGGGAUGUGGCUUUGCUGUUUCUGCAACAUCGAGCGCCUCCUUUGGACAAGGCAGUGGCAGCAUCUACCUGGACGAUGUGAACUGUGCAGGGUCGGAGUCGUCCCUCUUCCAGUGCAGCCACCGUGGCUGGGGCGUCCACAACUGCAACCAUGGUGAAGAUGCUGGUGUUGUGUGCUCAGGUGCCCUAAGUACAACCACACCCAGCACCACCAGCUCUGCUCCUUCAGAUGCCACCAUCCGCCUGGUGAACGGCAGCAACCGCUGCGAGGGUCGCGUUGAGAUUUCACACUCCGGGGGUCGGGGCACCGUCUGUGACGACAGCUGGGACCUGAGCGAUGCCCAGGUGGUGUGCAGGCAGCUGGGAUGUGGCUUUGCUGUUUCUGCAACAUCGAGCGCCUCCUUUGGACAAGGCAGUGGCAGCAUCUACCUGGACGAUGUGAACUGUGCAGGGUCGGAGUCGUCCCUCUUCCAGUGCAGCCACCGUGGCUGGGGCGUCCACAACUGCAACCAUGGUGAAGAUGCUGGUGUUGUGUGCUCAGGUGCCCUAAGUACAACCACACCCAGCACCACCAGCUCUGCUCCUUCAGAUGCCACCAUCCGCCUGGUGAACGGCAGCAACCGCUGCGAGGGUCGCGUUGAGAUUUCACACUCCGGGGGUCGGGGCACCGUCUGUGACGACAGCUGGGACCUGAGCGAUGCCCAGGUGGUGUGCAGGCAGCUGGGAUGUGGCUUUGCUGUUUCUGCAACAUCGAGCGCCUCCUUUGGACAAGGCAGUGGCAGCAUCUACCUGGACGAUGUGAACUGUGCAGGGUCGGAGUCGUCCCUCUUCCAGUGCAGCCACCGUGGCUGGGGCGUCCACAACUGCAACCAUGGUGAAGAUGCUGGUGUUGUGUGCUCAGGUGCCCUAAGUACAACCACACCCAGCACCACCAGCUCUGCUCCUUCAGAUGCCACCAUCCGCCUGGUGAACGGCAGCAACCGCUGCGAGGGUCGCGUUGAGAUUUCACACUCCGGGGGUCGGGGCACCGUCUGUGACGACAGCUGGGACCUGAGCGAUGCCCAGGUGGUGUGCAGGCAGCUGGGAUGUGGCUUUGCUGUUUCUGCAACAUCGAGCGCCUCCUUUGGACAAGGCAGUGGCAGCAUCUACCUGGACGAUGUGAACUGUGCAGGGUCGGAGUCGUCCCUCUUCCAGUGCAGCCACCGUGGCUGGGGCGUCCACAACUGCAACCAUGGUGAAGAUGCUGGUGUUGUGUGCUCAGGUGCCCUAAGUACAACCACACCCAGCACCACCAGCUCUGCUCCUUCAGAUGCCACCAUCCGCCUGGUGAACGGCAGCAACCGCUGCGAGGGUCGCGUUGAGAUUUCACACUCCGGGGGUCGGGGCACCGUCUGUGACGACAGCUGGGACCUGAGCGAUGCCCAGGUGGUGUGCAGGCAGCUGGGAUGUGGCUUUGCUGUUUCUGCAACAUCGAGCGCCUCCUUUGGACAAGGCAGUGGCAGCAUCUACCUGGACGAUGUGAACUGUGCAGGGUCGGAGUCGUCCCUCUUCCAGUGCAGCCACCGUGGCUGGGGCGUCCACAACUGCAACCAUGGUGAAGAUGCUGGUGUUGUGUGCUCAGGUGCCCUAAGUACAACCACACCCAGCACCACCAGCUCUGCUCCUUCAGAUGCCACCAUCCGCCUGGUGAACGGCAGCAACCGCUGCGAGGGUCGCGUUGAGAUUUCACACUCCGGGGGUCGGGGCACCGUCUGUGACGACAGCUGGGACCUGAGCGAUGCCCAGGUGGUGUGCAGGCAGCUGGGAUGUGGCUUUGCUGUUUCUGCAACAUCGAGCGCCUCCUUUGGACAAGGCAGUGGCAGCAUCUACCUGGACGAUGUGAACUGUGCAGGGUCGGAGUCGUCCCUCUUCCAGUGCAGCCACCGUGGCUGGGGCGUCCACAACUGCAACCAUGGUGAAGAUGCUGGUGUUGUGUGCUCAGGUGCCCUAAGUACAACCACACCCAGCACCACCAGCUCUGCUCCUUCAGAUGCCACCAUCCGCCUGGUGAACGGCAGCAACCGCUGCGAGGGUCGCGUUGAGAUUUCACACUCCGGGGGUCGGGGCACCGUCUGUGACGACAGCUGGGACCUGAGCGAUGCCCAGGUGGUGUGCAGGCAGCUGGGAUGUGGCUUUGCUGUUUCUGCAACAUCGAGCGCCUCCUUUGGACAAGGCAGUGGCAGCAUCUACCUGGACGAUGUGAACUGUGCUGGGUGGGAGUCGUCCCUCUUCCAGUGCAGCCACCGUGGCUGGGGCGUCCACAACUGCAACCAUGGUGAAGAUGCUGGUGUUGUGUGCUCAGGUACCAUUGAUUUGACUGCCUGCACAGCGGGACGCUUUCAGAAAGUGGUCUUAUUUUCCAUAUGUCCUUCUUUCCAAGAUGCCACCAUCCGCCUGGUGAAUGGCAGCAACCGCUGCGAGGGUCGCGUUGAGAUUUCACACUCCGGGGGUCGGGGCACCGUCUGUGACGACAGCUGGGACCUGAGCGAUGCCCAGGUGGUGUGCAGGCAGCUGGGAUGUGGCUUUGCUGUUUCUGCAACAUCGAGCGCCUCCUUUGGACAAGGCAGUGGCAGCAUCUACCUGGACGAUGUGAACUGUGCAGGGUCGGAGUCGUCCCUCUUCCAGUGCAGCCACCGUGGCUGGGGCGUCCACAACUGCAACCAUGGUGAAGAUGCUGGUGUUGUGUGCUCAGGUGCCCUAAGUACAACCACACCCAGCACCACCAGCUCUGCUCCUUCAGAUGCCACCAUCCGCCUGGUGAACGGCAGCAACCGCUGCGAGGGUCGCGUUGAGAUUUCACACUCCGGGGGUCGGGGCACCGUCUGUGACGACAGCUGGGACCUGAGCGAUGCCCAGGUGGUGUGCAGGCAGCUGGGAUGUGGCUUUGCUGUUUCUGCAACAUCGAGCGCCUCCUUUGGACAAGGCAGUGGCAGCAUCUACCUGGACGAUGUGAACUGUGCAGGGUCGGAGUCGUCCCUCUUCCAGUGCAGCCACCGUGGCUGGGGCGUCCACAACUGCAACCAUGGUGAAGAUGCUGGUGUUGUGUGCUCAGGUGCCCUAAGUACAACCACACCCAGCACCACCAGCUCUGCUCCUUCAGAUGCCACCAUCCGCCUGGUGAACGGCAGCAACCGCUGCGAGGGUCGCGUUGAGAUUUCACACUCCGGGGGUCGGGGCACCGUCUGUGACGACAGCUGGGACCUGAGCGAUGCCCAGGUGGUGUGCAGGCAGCUGGGAUGUGGCUUUGCUGUUUCUGCAACAUCGAGCGCCUCCUUUGGACAAGGCAGUGGCAGCAUCUACCUGGACGAUGUGAACUGUGCAGGGUGGGAGUCGUCCCUCUUCCAGUGCAGCCACCGUGGCUGGGGCGUCCACAACUGCAACCAUGGUGAAGAUGCUGGUGUUGUGUGCUCAGGUGCCCUAAGUACAACCACACCCAGCACCACCAGCUCUGCUCCUUCAGAUGCCACCAUCCGCCUGGUGAACGGCAGCAACCGCUGCGAGGGUCGCGUUGAGAUUUCACACUCCGGGGGUCGGGGCACCGUCUGUGACGACAGCUGGGACCUGAGCGAUGCCCAGGUGGUGUGCAGGCAGCUGGGAUGUGGCUUUGCUGUUUCUGCAACAUCGAGCGCCUCCUUUGGACAAGGCAGUGGCAGCAUCUACCUGGACGAUGUGAACUGUGCAGGGUCGGAGUCGUCCCUCUUCCAGUGCAGCCACCGUGGCUGGGGCGUCCACAACUGCAACCAUGGUGAAGAUGCUGGUGUUGUGUGCUCAGGUGCCCUAAGUACAACCACACCCAGCACCACCAGCUCUGCUCCUUCAGAUGCCACCAUCCGCCUGGUGAACGGCAGCAACCGCUGCGAGGGUCGCGUUGAGAUUUCACACUCCGGGGGUCGGGGCACCGUCUGUGACGACAGCUGGGACCUGAGCGAUGCCCAGGUGGUGUGCAGGCAGCUGGGAUGUGGCUUUGCUGUUUCUGCAACAUCGAGCGCCUCCUUUGGACAAGGCAGUGGCAGCAUCUACCUGGACGAUGUGAACUGUGCAGGGUGGGAGUCGUCCCUCUUCCAGUGCAGCCACCGUGGCUGGGGCGUCCACAACUGCAACCAUGGUGAAGAUGCUGGUGUUGUGUGCUCAGGUGCCCUAAGUACAACCACACCCAGCACCACCAGCUCUGCUCCUUCAGAUGCCACCAUCCGCCUGGUGAACGGCAGCAACCGCUGCGAGGGUCGCGUUGAGAUUUCACACUCCGGGGGUCGGGGCACCGUCUGUGACGACAGCUGGGACCUGAGCGAUGCCCAGGUGGUGUGCAGGCAGCUGGGAUGUGGCUUUGCUGUUUCUGCAACAUCGAGCGCCUCCUUUGGACAAGGCAGUGGCAGCAUCUACCUGGACGAUGUGAACUGUGCAGGGUCGGAGUCGUCCCUCUUCCAGUGCAGCCACCGUGGCUGGGGCGUCCACAACUGCAACCAUGGUGAAGAUGCUGGUGUUGUGUGCUCAGGUGCCCUAAGUACAACCACACCCAGCACCACCAGCUCUGCUCCUUCAGAUGCCACCAUCCGCCUGGUGAAUGGCAGCAACCGCUGCGAGGGUCGCGUUGAGAUUUCACACUCCGGGGGUCGGGGCACCGUCUGUGACGACAGCUGGGACCUGAGCGAUGCCCAGGUGGUGUGCAGGCAGCUGGGAUGUGGCUUUGCUGUUUCUGCAACAUCGAGCGCCUCCUUUGGACAAGGCAGUGGCAGCAUCUACCUGGACGAUGUGAACUGUGCAGGGUCGGAGUCGUCCCUCUUCCAGUGCAGCCACCGUGGCUGGGGCGUCCACAACUGCAACCAUGGUGAAGAUGCUGGUGUUGUGUGCUCAGGUGCCCUAAGUACAACCACACCCAGCACCACCAGCUCUGCUCCUUCAGAUGCCACCAUCCGCCUGGUGAACGGCAGCAACCGCUGCGAGGGUCGCGUUGAGAUUUCACACUCCGGGGGUCGGGGCACCGUCUGUGACGACAGCUGGGACCUGAGCGAUGCCCAGGUGGUGUGCAGGCAGCUGGGAUGUGGCUUUGCUGUUUCUGCAACAUCGAGCGCCUCCUUUGGACAAGGCAGUGGCAGCAUCUACCUGGACGAUGUGAAAUGUGCAGGGUGGGAGUCGUCCCUCUUCCAGUGCAGCCACCGUGGCUGGGGCGUCCACAACUGCAACCAUGGUGAAGAUGCUGGUGUUGUGUGCUCAGAUGCCACCAUCCGCCUGGUGAAUGGCAGCAACCGCUGCGAGGGUCGCGUUGAGAUUUCACACUCCGGGGGUCGGGGCACCGUCUGUGACGACAGCUGGGACCUGAGCGAUGCCCAGGUGGUGUGCAGGCAGCUGGGAUGUGGCUUUGCUGUUUCUGCAACAUCGAGCGCCUCCUUUGGACAAGGCAGUGGCAGCAUCUACCUGGACGAUGUGAACUGUGCAGGGUGGGAGUCGUCCCUCUUCCAGUGCAGCCACCGUGGCUGGGGCGUCCACAACUGCAACCAUGGUGAAGAUGCUGGUGUUGUGUGCUCAGGUGCCCUAAGUACAACCACACCCAGCACCACCAGCUCUGCUCCUUCAGAUGCCACCAUCCGCCUGGUGAACGGCAGCAACCGCUGCGAGGGUCGCGUUGAGAUUUCACACUCCGGGGGUCGGGGCACCGUCUGUGACGACAGCUGGGACCUGAGCGAUGCCCAGGUGGUGUGCAGGCAGCUGGGAUGUGGCUUUGCUGUUUCUGCAACAUCGAGCGCCUCCUUUGGACAAGGCAGUGGCAGCAUCUACCUGGACGAUGUGAACUGUGCAGGGUCGGAGUCGUCCCUCUUCCAGUGCAGCCACCGUGGCUGGGGCGUCCACAACUGCAACCAUGGUGAAGAUGCUGGUGUUGUGUGCUCAGGUGCCCUAAGUACAACCACACCCAGCACCACCAGCUCUGCUCCUUCAGAUGCCACCAUCCGCCUGGUGAACGGCAGCAACGGCUGCGAGGGUCGCGUUGAGAUUUCACACUCCGGGGGUCGGGGCACCGUCUGUGACGACAGCUGGGACCUGAGCGAUGCCCAGGUGGUGUGCAGGCAGCUGGGAUGUGGCUUUGCUGUUUCUGCAACAUCGAGCGCCUCCUUUGGACAAGGCAGUGGCAGCAUCUACCUGGACGAUGUGAACUGUGCAGGGUGGGAGUCGUCCCUCUUCCAGUGCAGCCACCGUGGCUGGGGCGUCCACAACUGCAACCAUGGUGAAGAUGCUGGUGUUGUGUGCUCAGGUGCCCUAAGUACAACCACACCCAGCACCACCAGCUCUGCUCCUUCAGAUGCCACCAUCCGCCUGGUGAAUGGCAGCAACCGCUGCGAGGGUCGCGUUGAGAUUUCACACUCCGGGGGUCGGGGCACCGUCUGUGACGACAGCUGGGACCUGAGCGAUGCCCAGGUGGUGUGCAGGCAGCUGGGAUGUGGCUUUGCUGUUUCUGCAACAUCGAGCGCCUCCUUUGGACAAGGCAGUGGCAGCAUCUACCUGGACGAUGUGAACUGUGCAGGGUCGGAGUCGUCCCUCUUCCAGUGCAGCCACCGUGGCUGGGGCGUCCACAACUGCAACCAUGGUGAAGAUGCUGGUGUUGUGUGCUCAGGUGCCCUAAGUACAACCACACCCAGCACCACCAGCUCUGCUCCUUCAGGUCAAAAUAUUAUUUGUGGUGACACACUUUUUAAUUCCUCUGGAACAUUUCGGAGUCCUUCUUUGAAUUAUUCAGAUAAAGCAGAUUGUCUGUGGCAAAUACAUGUAACAAAUAAUUUCCGCAUUAUGCUCACGUUUGAUAACAUUCAGUUGCAAGGUGGAUGCCGGUAUGACUACAUUGAGAUCUAUGAUGGCCCACCCAACUCUUCUCCUCUACUUGGAAGAAUUUGCUCUAGUUCUCCUCUCACGUACACGUCAUCCUCAAACUUCAUGUCUGUCAGGUUUUACAGUGACUCCAGAUAUUCCAAUGGAAGUUUUCAGGCUCAGUAUCAGUCCUUUCCAGCAGACCAGAACACCACCCUUCUGUGCUUGCCAACCUACAUGCACGCAGUGGUAAACAGACACUAUCUCCAGUCCCAGGGCUACUCAAUGGGGAGCAUCAGCCUUGAAGACCCCAGUUGUAGACCAAAAAUCACAUCAACUGAGGUUAUAUUCAACAUUUCAUACAGCAACUGUGGUACACGUAGACAGGGCAACAACGAAACGAUCACCUACUCCAAUGUGAUAAAAGUGUCUGCUCCUGGUAGAGUCAUCAAGAGGCACAAGGACCUUCACUUGCACAUCAGCUGCAAAAUGCUGCAGAACACCUGGGUGAAAGGCAUGUACAUUGCCAAUGACGUCAUCGACAUCAACGAAACCCAGUAUGGCAGAUACAACGUGAACUUGACGUUCUACAACUCCUCAUCUUUCCAGUGGCCAGUGCAUGACUUCCCAUACUAUGUUGACAUGGAUCAGAAUUUGUUCCUUCAAGCUUCUCUUCACAGCUCUGACCAAAAUCUGACAGUAUUUGUGGACACAUGUGUGGCAUCACCGGAUUCUAGUGAUUUUACAACACUGGUCUAUGAACUGACCAAAAGUGGGUGUGCUAGUGAUUCUACCUACGUUCUUUUCCCCUCACCACGCAGCGAUGUUGCUCGGUUUGGGUUUAACUCUUUCUCAUUCGUGAACCGAUUCCCGUCAGUUUUCCUGCAGUGUGAGCUGGUGGUGUGCAGGUACCAUGACUACUCCUCCCGCUGCUAUCAAGGCUGUGUUAGUAGGUUCAAGAGGAAUGCAGAUUCUUCCCAUAAACAAGUGAAUGUUGUUAUUGGACCUGUGCAGCUUCGGGAAGCUCACAUUGAGAACAGGAACAUUGAGCUGGCCUCUGACAUCCAGGCAAAAGGGGAAACUCCGAGCUCAGUGCCUGCUGCCAGCUCCCACGCUCCUCUGGCUGUGACCACCGUGGUGCUGGUAGCUGCCGUUCUCACAGUGGGAGGAUUUCUUUGGAAGUGGAAACUGCAGGAGCUCAUCCCCUACCAGAAAAUGUGAGAAGUAGCUCCAGACAUGAAGGUGGAAGGAUACUUUCACCAGCCACCUGCUUCGUUAUUUGGGUUUGCAAUCAGUGUAAAGGGCAGCUCUUACUUGGCUGUUCCACCAUUCUGACCAUGUUUGAAGAUGCAUCAAGAUUGCACCUGAUACCAGGUGCCAUGAACUGAACUUAUAAAGCAAUCUGAUUUUAAAAUCUAGUCCAAACACACCUAAGGUGUAAAGAAAGGUUGAUUUCUUUCAUCCCAGCAUUCAUAUAAGCAUCUUCAGUGCUGGACAUUUCAAAGCAUUUCAGUUGAACUCCGCAUUGAGUGUCUGUCUGAGAAGACUGAUUUAGGUGACUUGAGAAACAAGAACGGACUUAUCUGGCCAUUGCUGAUAUGCAGAUGAAACACCUGUGUAGCACCAUAAGAUACACUGGAAGUAGUCCAAGAAAAAUGUUUCUUUGCAGCAAAAAAAUCUCAAUAAUGAGCCAUAAGCAAAUAUGCUCAGGGGCUGCACAUGAGGAAUUAUUCCUGUACAGCGUUCCUGACUUUGGGCAGGAUGGUUCUUCCCAAAUUCAUAUUUCUCUGAGUAAAUGUAGGCCAUUUAUAAGAUUUUGUAUGGAGGAUGAAUAUAAUCCUGUUACAUAAAUGUGUAAUUAAAAAAAGCAGGAAAGAAAAUUUGAGCAAUUUUUUUUGUGUGUACUUGCAAACAUCCCACUUGUGUGUGUGAGCUCAUGGCUAACACAUUGUCAGGGUCGAGAACACGGCUUCUGACAAAGUGGCUUUGCCAAGCAAUGAUUCCUGUUCUUGUUCUCACACAUUUCUACACCUGAAUGGGUGGGAGGGAGAGAAUGUACAUAA